UCUGUCAGCCGUCGUCGGUCUGUCACCGAAACGAUCAGCGAAAUGUGCUGAACACAACACCUUGUGAUCCGCAUUUAUCAGGUUGCAGACUUCAUUUUCAAAUAGAAACCAUGGGGAGUUUUAGGGGCAUUUGGUUGUUCUUUCUCCUGUCGUUGUGUCACCUUCUCGGGACAGAAUGCAGAAUUUACGAACUGGGUGCACGGCUGUUGUACGGGCAAUCGGAUGCUGCAUUGGCUUUCCUUGGCAAUGCCGGGGAUGUCCUGCAGGACAAACAUUUCGGUUUUGGAUUGGAAGGGUCACUGGAUUUCGAACUCGAGUGCGAACCAACAACACAUAAGAAUUCAGAGAUUGCCAUCCCAAACCUGUGGCUUCUGGGCUGCACAGCAUUAGAGAAAAGAGAGAUAAUGGAAGCCGGCCGUACAGGCUUAAACCAAGCCUGUCAGAAACUGCAGUUUCCCGAGGCCGAGGAGAACUUCACCAUGCUGUGCGAGGCUAUACCCAUGCAGCCCCUGGGCCAGUCCCCGGGGGGCAACCUCUGGGACGCCCACCACAGCAUCCACCGGGACACCUUCCUGAGGUUCGUCAUGCUGCAGUGUCCCCGGGAGGUGCCCAACAAGACCCGGACCAGGGUCGCCGAGGCCCAGUGCAAGGGGAGGCUGGUGCUGAUGAACAACAAGGGCUACAGCCACCUGAGCAAGGAUGAAGGAUCCCUCCCGCCCAUCUACAAGACCCUGUUGGUGUUGUGGAUCGUCCUCCUUGCCCUCUGGAUUGUGAACUGGUUCAAGUUCAGACAGUAUUCCAACCGCCUGCACAAGUUACUCUUUGUUGCCCCUUCGUUUAAGUUCCUGCUUCUCAUCCUGACCCUGGCAUGGUGGGAAGUCAUUGCAGCCACAGGCUACGAGAAUACCUCCCUACAGAUGUGUCGGGACAUGGUGCAGAGUACAGAGAUCGCCAUGCUGUUCAUGAGCAUGAUGCUGGCCGCCGAGGGUUGGUGUGUCAUUAGGCCUCGCAUCAGGAACAUACGCUGUGUCCUGAUACCAGGAUUAUUUCUUGUGUUCCUCGGCUCCUCAAUAUGUGUCAUCUGGGUGCACAAUUACUUCAUGGCAUUUGCUGUGUGUAGUAUUGUGUUCGUUAUCUACCGUGCCCUUAAGUGGUGCACCUACAACCUGGACUACCUAACACAGCAGGUCCUGCGCAGCCUGCACACCGCCGCCGAGAAGCGCCUCCGAUUCCGUGGCGUCAGCAUCGCCAAACAGCUCACGGAGAAGCGCAACAUCUUUGUCCGGUUGCGGCUGGUCUGUGCCAUCUACACCAUUGUCUUUGCCGUGACGGUUACCAUGUCCACCUUCCUGACAGAGUACGCCUGGGCCCGGACACUAGCCGCCGAGUUGCCCGAAGUUGCGGCCUUUGCCGCCCUGGGGCUGAUCUUCAGGCUGCGGGACUUUGGGCCGUUUGAGCGCAUCGAGGUCAUCCAGCCCAAGGAGAGCUCGGUGCUCAUGCUGCUGCCAUUCUCAAGCAAAAAGUGUCCGAUCAGACAAAAAAUUGUGCUCGGUGAUCCGGUGGAAAGUUCCACUGAGUAUUCGGACGACGACGGCUAUGAGGAUGAUAAGACAUGAAGAGAAAAGUGGUAAACAGUCUCCAUACCACAAGCCAACUCACAGCUUGAAAAGCUGACUUCUGUCUACAACCCCAAGAGGCUCCACCUACGUGAUCAUUGUGUUAAUUCCUUUUCAUCACCUGUAUUGUGGUAGCAUGGCAGUUUAUGGAGGUUUACAUGGUCAGAGUUUGAAUAUUGGCCUUUACCCUUUUGCCAACACUGUGUUUGAAGGGCUGUACUGGUAUAUUCAUUGUUUCACCCAGUGGCCUCUCUAGGUCUUAGAUUGGGGGGGUGUUGCAUAAUGGAGGUUUCUUCAUCUGCAAAAGAAUCCUACUCCCCAGAAAGGUGACAGUCCUGAAAUCGCCCAUGCUUUCAUUCCUAUUUAUAAAAUUAAAACUAUUGGUAACAAGUCAUUAGCAAAUCCCCCCGAACUUGAUCGGCCUCUGGUUUUACCAAGAAUUUGUUACAUAAAUCUUCACAACCAUACUGUGGUGGGACUCAAACCCGUCACCUCCUACUCAUGCAGAGAUCUUGGCAUUCAACCACUGAGCUUAAUAGCGGGGUAAAUGCCGGUCCUAAUCCAGUCUAGCAACAGAAUAGGCAGUAAUCCUUUUGUGAGAUAAAUUUGAAUAAAAUCUAGUACCCUGAGCUUUAUAAUUACACGUAAACAUAAUAAUUCGAAUUCCCCAGACUAAAGACACUGUUGCCAUACCCCGU